AUGGAUCUUUUUGGCAGACCGAAAAGAACAUUUCCAUUUGUUCCAGAAUCAUUAGGAGAACCUUGUGAACUGUACCACUGUGUGCUUGAAAGCAAGUCAUUUCUUGAGAAGAUGACUGUCCUUGAACAUACAGUUCCUUUCUUUCUGCCGAUACGUGAUGCAGAGAACGAACUCCUCUCUUCAAAUGCAAUGAAAUUUAUAGAUCAUGUAGGAGAACUAUUGCAGGCUUAUGUGGAUAGGCGGGAGCAGGUUCCACGCGUUGCAGUUGAGUCGAAGAAGUUAUUGGAGAUGAUCGUUGCAGUAGAGUUGAAGACGCUGGGUUGUUGUUGUCUUUUCGUUGCUGUGAGGCUGGUUGAGUUUCCUUUGGCGUCGAUAGAGGUUGAGGACAAGACUCGAGUUCAGUCAGUUGAGUCGAAGAAGUUAUUGGAGAUGAUCGUUGCAGUAGAGUUGAAGACGCUGGGUUGUUGUUGUCUUUUCGUUGCUGUGAGGCUGGUUGAGUUUCCUUUGGCGUCGAUAGAGGUUGAGGACAAGACUCGAGUUCAGUCAGGCCGGUUCAGACCAUCUGAAUUUAGGUCUGCGUAUUUCAGACCUCUUUAG